UAUGUCGCAGCCGUCGUUGAUUCUCCACUAUGGCGACAGAGGAACAGACGUCAGUCUGUCAGUAUAUGUCAGUCCACUGAGCAUUGACCGGGCAUGUCGGAGAAAGGGGUCAGGAGAGGGAAGGAGGGUCCCGGAGACAAAGGCUACAGGACACCGGGGCUGCGGGGCGCUCAAACCACCACACUGUUCCGAGCUGUCAACCCCGAACUCUUCAUUAGACCUAAUAAACCAGUGAUGGUGUUUGGACUGGUGACCAUCACCUUGUGUGUGGGCUACCUGGGCUACCUGCAUGCAACCAAAGAAAACGACCAGCAGUUAUACGAAGCCAUCGACAGUGAAGGAGAAAGAUACAUGAGGAGAAAGACCUCCAAAUGGGACUGAAGGCACAAGAACCCCUUAAGUGUGUGUGUUGCACUAUAAGGACAGAGUAAAUUAAAACCUGUCUGGAUUGAGUUUUGUCUCAUCUUGCUUCUCAGUCUUAUGUCACUGUAAACUGAAGCUCUUUGGUUUUUGGACUGUUGGUCAGACUGAAGAUGACGUGUGUAACUUGGCCAUUAAUGACAUUCAAUAAACAGACUGAUGAAAAAAUAA